AUGGCAUGGGUAAAAUUCUUACGGAAACCUGGUGGCAAUCUUGGAAAAGUUUAUCAGCCUGGGAGUAUGCUCUCUCUAGCCCCUACCAAAGGCUUAUUAAAUGAACCUGGACAAAACAGCUGCUUUCUUAAUAGUGCUAUACAGGUUUUAUGGCAGUUGGACAUAUUCCGACGAAGCUUGCGGAUUUUAACUGGACAUGUUUGUCAAGGAGAUGCCUGCAUAUUUUGUGCCCUGAAGACAAUAUUUGCACAAUUCCAACACAGCCGGGAAAAAGCACUUCCCUCAGAUAACAUAAGGCAUGCUCUUGCAGAAAGCUUCAAAGAUGAACAGCGAUUUCAGCUUGGCCUUAUGGAUGAUGCUGCAGAGUGCUUUGUGAGUAUUUUUAUAAUCUUUAAGACUAAAGACAGCGACUUUUUAAUUGCAUACUUAUGUUUUAUGAUUGAUAAAUUGAGCAUAUGUUUUUACCUAUAGUGCGUGUGUCGAAGCUGUGGUGCAUCAUCAGAUCCUCUACCUUUUACAGAAUAUGUGCGGUAUGUUUCUACAACAGCUCUAUGCACUGAAGUUGAAAGAAUGAUGGAAAGACAUGAGCGCUUUAAGCCUGAAAUGUUUGCAGAGUUGCUUCAAGCAGCAAAUACCACAGAUGACUACAGAAAAUGUCCUAGUAACUGUGGCCAAAAAAUAAAAAUUCGUCGUGUCUUAAUGAACUGUCCAGAGAUUGUUACAGUUGGUUUAGUGUGGGAUUCUGAGCAUUCUGACUUGACUGAAGAGGUGGUUCGGAAUCUAGCUACGCAUCUGUAUCUUCCUGGGCUUUUUUAUAGGGUUACUGAUGAAAAUGCCAAAAAUAGUGAACUUCGCCUUGUUGGUUUAAUCUGCUACACCAGCCGACAUUAUUGUGCCUUUGCUUUUCAUACCAAGAGUUCCAAAUGGGUGUUCUUUGAUGAUGCAAAUGUGAAAGAGGUUGGAACUAGAUGGAAAGAUGUGGUCUCCAAGUGUAUCCGCUGCCAAUUCCAGCCACUGCUUUUGUUUUAUGCUAACCCAGAUGGCACUGCAGUCUCUACUGAAGAUGCACUCAGGCAGGUCAUCCACUGUUCACAUUAUAAAUCCAGUGCAGGAAAUAUGGGUUGUGAAAAACCCUCAAUUUAUAAAUCAGAUAAUUCAAAAGAAAAUGGAUUUGGCUAUCAAGUAAAGCAGAGAGAAAAUCCAAAAUUUCAAACAGAUAAUAUUUCGUCAUUUAAUCAGAGCCACAUUCAAACAAGUGGAGGUAGAGAACCAGUUAAAUCAAGUCAUAAUGAUCAAAGGGAAAAGAUAAAAGACAUUUCCAGAGAAUGUGCUCUGAAAGCCAUUGAACAGAAAAAUUUACUUUCCUCACAAAGGAAAGAUUUGGAGAGAGGUCAAAGAAAAGAUUUGGGCCGACUUAGAGAUUUGAUUGAUGAAGACCUUUCUCAUUUCCACUCUGGAUCACCUCCUAACUCAAAUGGUUUUAGACAGUAUGGGAAUCCACAUCUAUACCAUAGCCAAGGAAAAGGACCACGUAAACAUGAACAGAUUGCCCAUCAGAGUCGAGCUUCUGCACAAAUGCCAAAUUCAAGUAAAUCCCAGAUUGUUCUUCCAGGAGAGAAAAUAACUGGCAAAAUUAAGAGUGACGGUGGCACUGGCUAUGAUACAGACAGCAGCCAAGAUUCUAAGGAUAAAGGAAGCAGCUGUAAUAGCAGCAGUAAAAUCCGGAGCCGAGCUUGGAAACCCAUGAGAGAAACAUUAAAUGUUGAUAGCAUUUUCAGUGAAAGUGAAAGAAGGCAACACAGUCCAAGGCAUAAAUCAAAUACCAGCAGUAAACCUAAAAGUAGCAAAGAUCAGAGUUUUAACAAUUGGCCAAAAGAGAAUUCCAAACAAAAAGGUUUAAUGACCAUAUAUGAAGAUGAAUUAAAGCAGGAAACAGGAAGCAGGAGUUCUCUUGAAUCUAAUGAAAAAGGAACAGAGAAAAACAAAGGCGUCAGAGAGACUAAAGUUCAUGGUGACGGUUGGCAGAUGCAGAGGACUGAGUCUGGAUAUGAAAGCAGUGAUCACAUCAGUAAUGGGUCUACUAAUUUAGAUUCCCCCAUUAGUGAUGGAAAUGGUACACUGAUGGAUAUCAAUAGUGUUAAAGAGACUGUACCCUGCAGUGACCAGAUUAAGCCAAGCAACCUAAAGAUAGACUAUGUCAACUGUGUCUCCCAUCACAGCAAAAACCACAUGGAAGGUUGUAGAAGAGAACUCAAGAGCUUGGAACCUGGAUGUAUAUCUCAUGAGUUCCACCCAGAAUCACACCUGCCAAUGAAAAAUCCUAUAGUGAAAAGAUCCUACACACAUGAAACCAGUGGAAAAUUAAUCUCUUCAUGCAGUCCACAAAUCCUCAAGGACUCUGCUGCACAAGACCAUUUACAUUCAUCAGGUGAACAGAAGGGUGAAAAAUCCCGUGAACACAAACUUUCUGAAAGGCUUAACGUAGAAAAUUCUGAAAGAACAGCUUUACCUUUUUAUGUUGAUGACACUUCUGCUUCUGGAAAAAGAAUGAACACUAAUGAGAUCAUUUCACCUUCUUCAUUGCGAUCAUCACACCCAAGAACUACUGGGUUAAAGCCAGAAACUGUUUCUAUUUUUCAGCAGCCAAAUAUGAUGGAACAAUGUCACUCCGAGAGUUCUCCAUCCAGGGAACAUAACAUUUCAUCUCUCUGCAAAUCUGAUGAUUCUCAGCCACCAAAACUUGUUUGCCAGAAUCUACCACCCCCUCUGCCACCAAAGAAAUAUACAACUAGUGUGCCACAGUCAGGAAAAAAUACAUCUACUCCCGAUGUGAAACGUAAAGACAUAUUUAAAGCUAAUUCUUUGUGUCUUCCAAAGCACAGUGUAAAUAUAGCUUCAGAACCAUGUUCAGAAGUGAGUACUUAUGUGAAUGAUGAAAGACUUAAUGAAACAUUUCAAGUGAAGGAGGGUAUCAGCAGCACACCAGAUUUUCUGUCCAGCUCUUCACUUAACGAUUUUCAAACAGACUCAGGUGCAGUUGUUGAUGCAUUUUGCCAACCAGAAGUAGAUUCUAGCUCUGUGUGUCCAAAUGAGACAAUUUCAUUAACUACCUAUUUUUCAGUCGAUAGCUGCAUGACUGAUACAUAUAGAUUGAAAUACCAUCAGAGGCCCAAGCUCUGUUUUCCAUAGAGCAGUAGCUUUUUUGAAGAUCAUUUGCUGUCUGGUUGA